AUGGACUUUNUCCAUGAUUCACUAGUUCUCCCUGGCUCGUCGGCGGUGCUUAAUCCCAAUGCGACAACCGACAAUGCGUCUUCAAGACCGACGAAACCCAAUGCCGGAACCUCGCGCGUGUCGCCAUCGCUAUUGAAGGCCCUCCGUGAUCCUUACCAAUUGAUUGGCACCAAACCCGUUGGAUCCGGCAGUCAGAGAUCAAGAGCCGACGGCCCACAAUUGGAUGACAGCGAAUGGCGGAGGCAGGUCUUGAAUCUCAAGAUCUCGCAGGCAAAAUGCUACACGGAUUGGCUCUCGGCAGCCUCGGAACUCGACACACUCGAAGGCAGAGACGUCUGGAAAGAGGAAGAGGAAUGCGAUGAAUAUGACACAGCCUUGCUCAAGGCUCGACUACAAGAGCUGGAAGACGCCCGCAUCAGCUGCGACGCAAAGCGCAUGCUGUUUCUGGCGCGAACAUCCUUGACAAGAGAUCUAGGAGGCAUGGGCGAUUUACGCUUGUACAAGCAUUGCAGGGUCGGCACCAAAAGUCUGAUCGAACGCUACAUUUCCGCCGCUCUGGACAUCCUCGAGACCAUUGUCGACAUGUGCUCGCCUGCAAACAAGAACAAUACCGAUCUGGACGUGAGGGAAGUUUAUGAACAGCUGCUCAGCGCUAGGCAAGCCUUUGGGAGAAGCGCGUUGCUGCUAUCAGGAGGAGGUACACUCGGCAUGAACCACAUCGGAGUGCUGAAGACGCUGUUCGAAGCCCGCCUGUUGCCUCGCAUCAUCUCGGGUGCCUCGGCUGGAUCCAUUGUCGCUGCCGUGCUCUGUACCAAGACCGACGACGAGAUACCACAAGUCCUGCGCGAGUUCUGUUAUGGUGAUUUGGAUGUGUUCGAAAGAGAAGGAGAACCUGAGAAUGUCUUGAAANAGGUCUUCCGCUUCUGUACGAAAGGCGCUCUUUUCGACAUCUCCAAUCUCAUACGCGUCAUGAAGGACCUGCUCGGAGACAUGACUUUUCAGGAAGCUUACAACAGAACGAGACGGAUUCUCAACAUUGGUGUGUCGACUGCCAGCUUAUACGAGCUGCCCAGGCUGCUCAAUUACAUUACUGCGCCGAAUGUCAUGAUCUGGUCUGCUGUUGCAACGAGUUGCUCUGUCCCUUUCGUCUUCUCGCCUGCUCAACUAUUAGCCAAAGAUCCGCGUACUGGACUGGAAGUACCAUGGGAUCAAUCACCUCAACGCUGGAUUGAUGGCUCGGUCGACAAUGAUCUGCCUAUGAGUCGCCUGGCGGAAAUGUUCAAUGUCAAUCACUUCAUCGUUUCUCAAGUCAACCCUCAUGUUGUCCCGUUCUUAGAGAGAGAUGACGAGAUUGCCGCGUUUGGCUCUCAGUCCUCUAAGUUUUCUUUAUCUGCUGGACCGAGCUGGCUCCGAAAUGUUGCCAAUCUUGCCAAAGGAGAGGCUCUUCAUCGAAUGCAUGUCCUUGCCGAACUCGGUGUCUUGCCGACUACCAUGUCCAAGCUCCGUUCAGUGUUAAGCCAGCGGUACUCGGGCGACAUCACAAUUCUGCCCGAAGUCUCAUACACACAAUUCCCGCGCGUUCUCAGAAAUCCGACGACUGACUUCAUGUCGCGCGCCAUGCUUAGUGGCGAAAAAGCCACUUGGCCAAAGUUGUCACAAGUUCGAAACCAUUGCGCCAUCGAGCUGGCUCUCGAUACUGCAGUGCAGAAAGUCCGUUAUGGACUCGUCUUCUCGCCUAGCCAAAUUGACCUCCGACUUAAUGCUUUCGCUUCCGGUAUUGCCUCGAAUGAGAGUCAGAUUCGGCACACACGACGGGCCAGUCAUGGCAGUCCUCCUGAGAGCGAACGACCACAUCUUCUUGCUGUUCCUCGUACAUUCUCUUUGCGCAAACCAAGCGUUGCACAACCCAUGCAUGCAUCUAACACUUUUUCGCCUCCANAGCAUUCGGGCGGUCAUGAUGAUUUUACUUCUGGUCAAGAGACAGCCGUCGACUCGGAAGACGCAGAUUGGUCCGACUCUUCCCUUGAGAACUCUCCCACACGCCGGACUCCCAAACUGUGGCCUCCUACGUUCAUCUCUCGGUCUCAACCUGUGACGCCCAAUGUCCAUGCAAAAUUGUACAUGUCGUCUUCGCCAGCAUUGGUCUUUACAAAAGCCGAAAAGGACGCAGAUUUUGGAAACCAGGGCUUGGUCGCCUCACCUAGCGAAUACAAGUCCGUGUUCCAGAAUGCACGGCCAUAUGUUGAGGAAGGUGUGGAUGUUUCUGGCACUAGGGGUAUGGUCAGACGCAAGAGGAGUCUGACUACGGGAUUCAGAGGUUUGUGGCCACCUGGUCGAUGA